AUUGACGUCACCUACGAAACUGCGGUGAAGAUACAAGUCAUGUCAAUAAAAUGGGCGCGAAAUAUCCCGUCAUUCCUCGCACUUCCGUUCCGGGAUCAAGCCAUUUUAUUGGAGGAAUCGUGGUGUGAGCUAUUUAUUCUAAGUGCUGCGCAGUGGUCCAUGUCGCUAGAUACAAGUUCUUUGAUGUCUGAUAUUGGGGUUUCAACAAUGGACCAAUCAGAACGCGCGACAGUGUUGUAUUCUCAGAUACGAAUGUUGCAAGAAAUUAUUCUGAGAUUUGCCGCCAUGCGUAUUGACUCAACGGAAUAUGCUUGUCUAAAAGCACUUGUCCUCUUCAAAUCAGAAAUCAAAGGGUUGCGUGACUACCUUCAGGUGGAACUGCUACAGGAUCAAGCCCAGGUCAUGCUAACUGAAUACUGUUUCUCCAACCAUCCAGCUAACAAGCUCAGGUUUGGAAAGCUACUGCUACAAUUGUCUAGUUUGAAGGCAGUUGGUCCGAGGUCUAUAGAAGAGGUUUUCUUUCGACGAACCAUAGGGAAUAUUCCGAUCGAGCGUCUUCUUUGUGACAUGUUUAAAUCAAGUUAAAACGAUUGCUUAGCGCUUCCAGGUUACACAUGUCUGUUAAAUUAACUAUCAACAUUUGGGCGGCAACUGAUUCUACUAGUGACUAGUGCUGACCAAGGUCAUGGUCGGUACUGCUCGCUAUUGAGUCUGUUAACAUCCUGGAAAAUUUCCCUAAAAUGAUGAACGGUUUUGUCAAGACUGUAAGUUGGACAAGUUCAUUUAAGACAUUUUGUGCGAUUAUGGUUCAAGAACAAAGUCCCUGA